AUGGCGACACCUCCUUCAGUGAUCCUCGAACGGAUUGCGGCAGCCGGCGAGGCCUACAAACGCCAAGAGAGAGGCUCCCGAGAGGAUCUUGUUGAACUUGGCAGAGAUCUUGUAGCGGCCCUUGAGAUUCCCAGCGAGUUCUUGCAGAGGAGUUUCUGGGCUGAGCCUGCCCUGUCAGCACACUGCAAACUAGCUGUUGAAGUGAAGCUCUUUCAACACCUCAAGGAUGCAGGCGAAACUGGCGUUGACCCUGAUGAUCUGGCUUCAAAGACGGGGGUUGAUGCCGCUCUGCUCCAACGAAUUAUGCGUCACCUGAUUGCCAUGAAGAUCGUUUCCUUUUCCAACGGUAAAUAUCUCGGAACACGGCUCAGCCAUGGCCUUGCGUCAGCCAAUUACCACAAAAGUAUCGACUUUUGCUACGAUGUUGCGCGGCCAUCCUUCAAUGGGUUUCCGGCCUUUUUCAAAAAGACCGGCUACAAACUGCCGACCUCGCCUACGAAUGGUCCUUUUCAGGCUGCACAUGGCACGGAGCUUUCAUUCUUUCCGUGGCUGGUAGCCACACCACCUCACCUGGACGAGUUUGACAAUUUCAUGUCAGCAUAUCGUGCCGGAAAGGCGAAUUGGUACGACCCGGGCUUCUACCCGGUUGAAGAGCGUCUUAUCAAGGGUUUCGACGCCAGUAUCAAUGAGACGCUCCUCGUGGAUGUCGGCGGUGGCCGCGGACACGAUGUCGAACUGUUCAGCGCGCAGCACAAGGGCCAUCCGGGGAAGCUUGUUCUUCAAGACCGAGAGCCCGUCAUUGCUAGCAUCCCAGAUCAGGACAAACUACCUUUUGAAAGCCAAGUCCACGACUUCUUCACCCCACAGCCAAUAAAGGGAGCAAGAGCAUACUCACUACAUUCAAUAAUUCACGACUGGAAUGAUGAAGCGGGCAUUAAGAUUCUCGAAAACCUUCGGCCCGCGCUCAAACCCGGAUACUCGCGUGUGCUACUCAAUGAGAUUGUGCUUUCAGAAGAGAAACCAACGAUUGCAGCGACAUCGAUGGACAUGAUGAUGCUAGCGCACUUUGCUGUGCGUGAAAGGACCGAAGCGGAUUGGAAAGCCAUACUGGACAAGGCAGGCCUGAAAUUCUUGAAUCUUUACAGUUACCCAGGUGUAGCUGAGAGUUUGAUAGAGGCAGAGGUAGAGGCGGAAGAUUGA